GCCACAUGGAGGGUGAGCUGGUAUGGACGUGAGCUUUUUUUAUUUGUUUAAAUCCUUCUUUGAUUUCUUUGAGAACAUAACAGCCUGAAAGAAGACAAACACUUGGUUUCACAUGGCUCUGCAACAGGUUAUUGGAAUAUGAACCCUGUCACAGCUUUAGGUGCAUAAACCCUGGACCUUUGAUCUACACUUUAGUCUUACAGUCAUGCAUCGGAGAUAAUAAAAUACAUUUUAGUUUCUUUUUUACACCAUUUCCUUUAAGACAGACAGGAGGAUAGAUCUCCACACUUUUAAGAAGUUAUCGUGCUGACAGUGCUGCAAUCAUGGGAGAAUGGGGUUUCCUUGGCGGUCUCUUCGACAGCCUCCAGACGCACUCACCGAUGCUUGGACGUUUCUGGCUCUUGAUCAUGCUUGUUUUUAGGAUACUGAUUCUGGGAACUGUAGCCAGUGACCUGUUCGACGAUGAGCAAGAGGAGUUUGCCUGCAACACCCUCCAGCCGGGCUGCAAACAGGUGUGCUACGACAUGGCCUUUCCUAUCUCCCAGUACAGAUUUUGGGUGUUUCACAUCGUUCUCAUCGCUACACCUUCCCUGGUUUUCCUUGUGUAUGCUAUGCAUCACAGUAGCAAGAAGACAACCUGCUCUAAAUUCAACCGAACUUACAGCCAGGACAACAAAGUGGAUCUCCAUUUAAGGAGGCUUUAUAUUGUCACCGUAGCCUUUCGCAUAGUGGCAGAAGUUGGCUUUCUCGUAGGCCAGUGGCUGCUGUACGGCUUCAAGGUGGAGGCCCAGUUCCCCUGCAGCCGCUUUCCUUGCCCCUACACGGUGGACUGCUUCACCUCCCGCCCUGCAGAGAAAACCAUCUUCCUCUGCUUCUACUUCAUUGUAGGUGUGAUAGCAGCCAUCUCCAGCUGUGCUGAGCUUCUCUACGGCUCCGUGAAGUGGUUCUGCUCAGAACGGGGGGACACCAGACUGGAGCGCACUCACUGCGUCUGCGAGAACCUCCACAACAUUAAGCAAGAGGAAGCAGAGGAAGAGGAGAAAUACCGAGAAAAGACUGUGCCAGAAAAUGCAUCCAGCAUCGUGACACCGAAGAGAGGAUCAGUGAGGAGCAGCGCAAGUAGGAAGGUCUCCAGCGUCGGCAACAAGAACAAGGGCGUCAGAUAUGUGAGCAAGAGGACACUCAUGGUGUGAGAGCACCUUGAUGCCAACAUGCUGGUCCCUUCUUUUCAUCUAAAAGUUAUGAAUGAUAUUACUAAUUGCUGUGUACUAACCCACACACACACACACACACAAAAGAAAAAAAAAGAUAGGAGUCUUCAGAAAUUCGGAAAUUCUUGGGAGACAGUCAGGAAAUGAGCAAAGGCAAAACAAGACUGAUGGCUUUGAUAAGGCAGAUGCAUUAUUGCCUUGUUUUGGCUGAUGAAUCAUUACAAACCACAAAUAAUUCCUGAGGGAAACCGCCUGUGGAUUACAUGUGAUGCACUGAUUGAUUUUUUUCAUUUGAGCAUCCGAAACAAUUCUUAAAGGAAACAUCCACCAUGAAACAGUCUUGUGUUGUUCCAGUGGCCACGUCUGCUGUAUGUCAAUAGAUUGCAGAUUUUUCUCUUUGAGAAAUAGUGUGGGAAAUAUUUGUUUGCUUGUUCAGAGUUAGAGAAGCUCAGCACUGCUUUGGAUUCACUGAACAGAUAUGAAAGUGAAAUCAAUCUUGUCAACAUGAAAGCAAAGUGUAUUUCCACAAAUAUCAAGCUAUUUGCUUUUUGCGAUAUUUAGAGAGAAAACCAUCUUCCUCUGAUAUGAAUUGGAUUCUAUUUUGAGGCAUAUUUACACACUGAUGUGCAAAGAUCCUCAGUGUCUUUAACAAUGGGAUCUACAUUUAUCAAGGCAACAACAUUACAACGCUGUCCUUGUUUAAGAUGUUCAGCAACACUUGUUAAUAAUGUACCCCUAAGGCCUUGCUGGAGGCUUAACUAACGGCUCUGUUAAUGAUAAAUAGAUAGUUGAGAAGACUUCAUAAGCCAGUCCCGGGAUCAACGGCACCAACUGGAGCAUUAACCUAAUGUUUUGAUGGUGAGGGAAACCCGUAAGCACAGGGAGCUGCUUAAAAUCUUAGUAAGGACAAUGUCCUUCCAAAUCCCUUUGGUUGACUUGACUGAAAAGAAAUGCAGAGGAUAGGGACCAAACUUUAUUUAGUUUUUACUAAUGGCAUUUCUUUCUGCAUUCUUCCUGAAUAGAGAGCAUUUUUUUCAAUUUUGGAAUCCAAAAGUUGUUCCUAUCAAUGGCUUUUAACUGACAUGUUAAUCAUUAGCAAAUGGUAACCAGUUAUAAAGUCAUUAGCUAUGACUUAUAAGCUGUAUGUUACUUAAUACUAAAUCCCAUUAUAUAACAUGAACAUGUCAUUGAAUAUGCGUCACACUGUGGCCAUGACUUGGUAGGAUGAAGUGCUGAUUUAAAGUAAAUGUCUUUUUAAAUGUCUAACAACUUUAACUUGAAUGUGAUCGCGUGAACAGAGACUGUUUCUCACAGAAGGAGCUGGUUUUGCUGGUUUUCCUUCUGCUUCAUGUGUCUUCCACAUGAUCAUGAAUUAAAAAAAAAACUGCACAUAUUUCUGAAGCUUUAUUCUUUCUGCAUGUAGAAAAUUCCAUUUUAUUUUUCCAUUUUUAACAUGUUUGCUGUUCAAGUACAAUUAAUUAAAAUAGCUUAUCAUUUGUCAGCUAAAUCAACAGUACCCAGCCCCGGUACACCGAGUCAUUUCACAUCGGUUAACAAUCCCUCAAUUUAGUGUACAGCUAGAACAAGUACAAUAAGAGAUAAGUGACACAUCAUCAUCAACAGAUGUAGAUCAUGCUAUUGGUUUCACUCAGUUUCACUUUUACUCUUCUCUGCAGGAAUUACGCUGUGCGGUCACUCUGCUCUUAAUUAAUAUAUUAUCACUUUUCACCUGGAGAAUAUUCAAGUUCCCCUCCCAUCCAAAAUGUUUCACAGAUUUUAAAGCAGAGUUUGACACUAGAAGGCUGUUGUCUCAUUAAUCAGCUGAAUGGGAAAAAUUCUCUGUGAUCAUGUUAAAUCUUCACUGUGAGGCCAGUUGCUGUCUGAUACACCUUUGUGUUGAAAGAUCCAACUUUUGAAAUUAAAAAAACAUUUGCAUAU